AUGUUGUUCAAGUCCCUUGUCAAGGCCGCCAUGGUUGCCUCUGCCAUCGCUUCGCCAGUCCAGCACCAUCAACACCACCAACACGAGAAGAAGGCCGUGGUUACCCACACUGUGGUUGUCACUGUAGGCGCCGGAGACGACGCCGUUGUGUCUACCUUGCCUGUGGUUUCCAUCGCUACUCCAUCCUCCGUGACGGUGUCCUCGCAGACUGUCGCUAACGGCGCCAUUCCUUCUACUGUGACUUCUGCCUCGGCUUCUAAGGCUACCUCUGCCUCUUCCUCUCCAUCCUCUUCCUCUGGUUCCUUCUCUGGUGCCGCCAAGGGUAUCACCUACUCUCCUUACAACGCUGACGGCUCUUGUAAGUCUUCCUCUGACGUUGCCUCGGACAUUGCUAAGCUCCUGGAGUUUGAGGUCAUCAGACUUUACGGUGUCGACUGUAACCAGGUUGAGAACGUUUUGCCUGCUUUGGGUGACACCCAGAAGCUUUUCGCUGGUAUCUACUUCGUCAACGACAUCUCUGGUGGUGUCUCUACUUUGGCUGCCGCCGUUAAGGCUAACGGUGGUUGGGACCGUGUCCACACUGUCUCCAUUGGUAACGAAUUGGUCAACAACGGUGAGGCUACCGUCUCCCAGAUCAAGUCUUACGUUGCCCAGGGUAGAUCUGCUUUGACUGCUGCUGGUUACACUGGUCCAGUUGUCUCUGUCGACACUUUCAUUGCUGUUAUUAACAACCCAGAGUUGUGUGAGUACUCCGACUACAUGGCUGUCAACGCACACGCUUUCUUCGAUGGUUACGUUGCCGCCGAGGAUGCUGGUGACUGGGUUUUGUUGCAGAUUGAGAGAGUUGCUACUGCUUGUUCUUCUAAGUCUGUCUUCAUCACUGAGACCGGUUGGCCAACCAGAGGUGACUCCAACGGUGUCGCCGUUCCUUCUUCCGAAAACCAGCUGGCUGCUCUCGCUUCUAUUUCUGAGAAGUGUGGCAACGACGUCACCUUCUUCAACGCCUACAACGACUUGUGGAAGGCCGACGGUGCUUACAAUGCCGAGAAGUACUGGGGUAUCUACUCUAACUAA